AUAAUUUAUCAGAAGGUAAGAAUUCUACACAAAGUACAACUUGGUUAUGUUCUCCAAAAAAUUGCUACUUGUAUGCAGCAAACAACGCAGUUGAUGGAGACAUCAGUACAUGUAUGAGACCUCAAUCCAUUGGUUCCUCUUACCCGAUCAAGAUAGUGUGGUGGAGAGUAGACCUCGGAGACACCAAGAGUAUAUACAGUAUUAGGAUCCAGUUUAAAUACUACGGACAGCAAUACUAUAAUCGUCAAAGAGGAAGACUGGCGGGUUUUUCUCUAUAUGCAUCGAACACGACAAACAUACAGAACAGUUAUCUGUGUUACAAAGACGGACCAGAGUUACCUCCGUUGGAUUUUAUCAAUAUAUGUACCAUUCAUGGACGAUAUGUUACAUUUUACAACGAACGAAAUGAGACAUCAUAUCCUGUCGGUUACGAGACUACCAUCGUAACAGAGUUAUGUGAAGUAAUUGUAACUGGCUGUCAAAAAGAUGGAUUUUAUGGUCAAAACUGUGAUCUUGAAUGUCCUCCUCACUGCCAGGAAGGACGAUGUCAUAUAAUAAACGGAACCUGUCUUGAGUGUACAGCUGGCUGGAUCGGAGAGUUUUGCAACAAAACUUGUAUGUCUGGAUUUUACGGUAUGGAGUGUAAAUCAAGGUGUACAGGUCAUUGCCGUGGUGGUGCUUCCUGUAAUCAUAUUAGUGGAGAAUGCGAACAUGGAUGCGAGGAAGGAUGGAUGAUGCCCAGUUGUGAUCAACCAUGUCAGGAUGGAAUGUUUGGAUCUAAUUGUAUACAUAAAUGCAGCAGUCAUUGUACUAACAGUUUACCAUGUGACAAGGCAAGUGGGAAGUGUGAAAGUUGUGCACCUGGCUACAUUGGAAAACGUUGCAAUAAUUCAUGUUUAAAAGGCACGUAUGGCCAAAAUUGUUCAGAGAACUGUCAUAUCAAUUGCCGAGGUCAAAACUGCUUCCAUGAAAAUGGAUUUUGUUCUGAAGAAUGUGAAGACGGAUACCAGGGAAACACAUGUACGGAAAAGUGCAACGUAGGAUGGUAUGGAGACAACUGCUCCAGACAUUGCAGCUUUAACUGCCAAAGGGAAGUGUGUCAUAAUGUACAUGGAGAGUGUAGCUAUGGGUGUAAAACAGGAUGGAUAGGUUCAAACUGCAGUCAAGGUUUGUAUAUAUAAGAAGGUCUACAAAU